AACAAAUGCAUUGGAACGUGUCUCAUAUAGUAGCAGUCCACAGUUGCAAGGGUGGUGUGGGCAAGUCUACUGUUGCUGCAGGUUUGGCACUGUCUCUUAAAAACAACGGUCAUUCCGUUGGAAUCUGUGACCUCGAUAUAUAUGGUCCCAAUAUAGCUUCGAUUCUAGGUCUGAGCAAUUCGUAUGUACUAUGGAAACGAGUCCACUUCGCGGAAUCCGGGAUAGAGUACGAUACACACGGGGGUCAAGAUGCUAACGCCUUUAGCAUCGGCUCUGCAGCCACAUCCGGUGGCAAAGCAUCAUGUUGUUCUGAUGUGUGCGAUGACAUAGGAUUUACACCUGAUGAAACUGCUACUACAUGCCUUAUGGAGCCUAAGGAGGCUCACGGCAUUAAAGUAAUGUCAUUUUCUUUUAUCAAAUCUGAGCGCGAGUUGGGUUAUGCGGCAUAUCGAGGACCCAUUAUCGACCAAAUCGCAUCGGAGUUAGUAUUAAAAACAGAUUGGGGCCGCCUGGACUAUCUUAUUUUAGACUUACCGCCCGGUACUGGUGACGUGAUCAUAACACUUAUGGAGGACGUGAACAUUUCUUCUUUGGUUGCGGUCACUACGCCUCACGAACUCAGCAUCAAUGAUUUAUUUAAAGGUAUCAACCUUUUCCAGGACUACGGGGUGCCUAUUGUUUGUUUAGUUGAGAACAUGUCCUAUUUCGUAUGUGACGGUUGCGACAAGCUUCACCACCUCUUUGGCUCCAUUGACAUUGACUUGACAUUAAAAAGUUUGGGCAUAUCUGACCACGUAUGCCUGCCUAUUAUCCCUUCUGGAGUUGACUUUGUACAAUCGUUUUAUUCUAACACGGAUGUGCGUACAAAGUUCUUGGAGAUUGCCACUCUGGUCACUAAUUGCAUGAAUACAAACCGAAGUCAAUUCAGCUCGAUAAAGAGCACUCCACGUCACCAUAUCAUGAAGAAACACAGUCCGCCAUGCAGCAACGAAAUAAACUGGUAGAC